UCACGUUCAAUUGUUGCCAACUUGCAACACAUAUACUAGCGCAUCCAGUGCAGGUGAUUCCCCACGUCGACCAAGAUUCCAGGAACUAAGCAUCAAUUGCAGGGACCCCAUGCCGCGGCCGUGACGCCGCUACGGGCCAUACGGCGCAACGCUCUCCACUCCACAGUCCACACCUCCUGUCACACUGACUGGAACGCGCGCGCGCGCGAACGCGGUGCUGUCCUCUGCGGCCGCCUCUCCUCGGCUUCGCAUACGCUUCCGGGCGAUGGGAGAGGAGGGGGCGGCGGCGGCGACGCGCGCGUCGUGCAGCCGCCGCGCGGCCGCGUCCUGCUGGGGACGGUUCGGCCUCGGCCUGGCGGCGCUGUGGCGGAGGCUUAGGUGGAUCGGCCUUCCUCGCCGGCGCUUGCGGACGUACGUCCUCAGCGCCAGCGGGCUCAACUACGACCCGCUCGGUUACUCCCAGAACUUCGACAACGGGGGCCUCGGCGACGGCGAGUGCGAGGCCAACUUCUCGGUCAGGUUCGCGCGGCACGCUGGCGCGACGAGGCCGCACGCGCCGUCGGUCGCUUCUUGAACCUUUUUGCGCUUCGUAUUUCCUUUGUGUUUCAUGCAUAUGCACAAGGCAGCAACACAGAGAGAGCUGCUAGGAGGGCUACCUUCAAGUACUACUUCUCUUUCCUUUGAGUGGAUGUAAGUAUGUAUGUAAGUGCAGCUGUGCAGCAGAUAUAUUCAAGUAAAAAAAGACUUGCCUUCUUUUUUUCUGUCAGAAUUCAAUAUCAGGAAUUAGGAUGCACAUCCAGUCACAGGUUGCUUGUAAGGGAAUUUACAAACUGUGUUGAUGAUA